UUUAGUAAGCAUGAUAUCUUGAGUUUGAUUCAUUGAUUCCCGUUGACACUGUUUUUCUUAAUUUAUAAAAAAUCUCUUUCUUUAAAACAUUUACAAUCUCAGUCUUACCGUCCUACAACAAAAGAAUCAUGUAAAGCAUUUGAUUUUUUUUUUUUUUUUUGUUUAAACCUCAACAUGCACUUUCUUUUUAUUCGUCUUCUUCUUGCCAAUCCCAUAUCCAUUCCAAGAAAAUGUUUCUUGCCCGCCAAACUUGCCCUCUUUUUCUCCACAAAUUCCAUCCCAAAAAUGCUUCUAAGUUAAGGUGUAUUCCCAAGAAAUUCACCGUUUCUGCUUCCCUUAACACCAUAGUUGCUGCUGCCGCUUCUGGCUUUGGUGCCACUGUCCAUGGGUCUGUCACUUCUGCUAUUACCCAAGUGGCUGUUACUGCCUUUGCUUUUGCCUCUAGAGCUUGUCUGUCCGCUAAGGUUGACUUUUUGUGGCCUAAAGUUGAGGAGCAACAAGGUUCUUUUACAGUGAAAGGAAUAGAUGUGACUGGCUAUCCUAUAUUUAACGAGGCAAAGGUUUGCCAUCUCUAGUUGCCUCAUAACUUGCAUGUAGUCCUAUUCUGCCACUAAAACACUGAAUUUGUGAAGGAAGAAUCUUAGCUAUGUUGGUUCCAUCAAGUGGCCUAAGUGUAUGAAACUGUAUAACUAUUAAGUUUGUUGCAUUGUGCUGUGUCUAUAUACUUUGUUCUUCUGAUAAUCUUUUAACAACUUACUAGUAUUUAUUUUUCUGUGGAUGCUUCUCAUGUGCACAAAUUGCAUGUAGGGUAUACUUUUUUAUUCUGUCAGCGUAUUAUGAUAUUUGACUCCUAUAUUGGCCUAAUGUUUUACUUUUUUAAUCUGUCUCGGUUAUACUUGUAGACCUAUACAAUAUGACUAUUUCUAUCUUUCAUAGAAGUUAGUGAGCCAUUCUGAUAGUAUGCAGGUACAAGGAUAAUUGCCGUAUAAUAUGGUAGGAAAACAUCUAAGAGUAAAAGCAAUAGACAUUUUGAUGUUUUAGACAGUAACUGUAGCCAUUUUAAUGUUUUGAUGGUAAUGGUUAAUGGUUUGUUCUUAUGAUAACAAUGUUUACAUGGGUAGAUAGUUAAUUGAACUCAAUUCUUGAUGGUCUGGAAACUUGGUUCAUUCUUUCUCUUUCUUGUAAUAUUAUGCUGAGUCAAUUGCAUUCUAUCUUCUUAUUACUAAAAAAGAUAGCCCUCUAAAGUGCCAGUGUUGCUCAAAAACAUGCUUCAUUUUCAGUUAAUUCUUUAACUAAGGUCUUGAAGUUUGGUGUAGGCUAUUGACAUGAUGAUGAUACAUGUGAAAGUUUGCUCAGCAUAGAAACAGAGUUUGGUGAUGAGGUCGUAAAGUUGGUAGCUGGUGCUUCUAGAUUAAGUUAUAUAAAUCAGGUAAUGUCUUCAUUUUAAUUGGUUCUGUCUGUAGAGUCCUCAUCCUUAAUCUUGGUUUUCCAUUAAAAAAAUAUUUGUAAGCAGAAAGCUUACCGACAUUUUAUU